UCCCGUUAGAUCAUACUAUCAUAUUCCUCUUAAAUAUAACCCUGUGAUAUAUCCCUUGUGAUAUUGGUAACUGUUGUUCGCUUCUAUUCAAAACACAUUUGUAACUCAAUGGUAACUGAGCAUUGCUCUCGGUAGAGGGCGCUAUUUGAUCACUGUAUUGAUGGGUCGCUAAUACAGCCUUUCUGUUUAUAGAUUAAGUCAUCGGCGAUUGAGGCUCCUGGACCGUCACAUCACUGUCACUAUAUUAAACAAUUUUUUUCACAUAUUUAAGCGUGUUUUUUAAAGUUAUUUAUAUAUUAAUGAUUGUAAAACCCGACUAAUUUAUUAUAAUAUUUCAACAAUUCUCUUCGUUGUGUUAUUAAUAUUGUCUGUAGGAGUUACGUCUUAGUGCUACGUAGACUCUUAGUAUGAACUAAAAACUGAAUAGUUUGCCGUUCCUUUUAUUGCAACUUAAACUGAUUUGUCAAAUAUGUGUGGCAUACUUUUACUGCAGUAAUGAAAGAUGGGAAUAAUGUCGGGCUGAGAUUCCCCCAGUCAGAGAAACGGGCGUUUCCGAGUCAGAAGUGAUAUGACAUUGUACUGUUCUGCUUCUGUCACACGGAGAAGGCAGUGCUGUCAUCCGUGACGCUGUAAUACAGAGAUCAUUUGUUACGUUUCACGGGAAAUCGCCCAGAUUAUUGUCUGCCACCCUUUUUUCGCUCCCUCCCCUGCCAAUUGGUAACUUUUCAUUCACGCUUGUCGGGAUUUGUGAUUGUGGCGAGACUCGCUUCGCUUCAGCGACAUGGCUGAAGCUGAUGCUUCCUCUGCAGGGGAAAGACAUUAUGUGUGAGUGUCCGUGUGUCUGCAUGAGUAGUGGGAUUAAAAAAAGAGAAUGAAAGUGAGAGAGAGGGAGAGAGGGAGAGAGGAAGGAGGAGGGUGGGAAGGUGGAGAGACCUGUUACUGAACUGCAGCUCUCUCCCCGGGAAAGCAAAGAGCUUGGUGCCAGGCGAGCACAAGUAUAGCGCCUUUCUUCAGUGACCGACAGAGCUGCACUUGUGAUGUUCCCCAAUCCUGUGGACUACUACAAUUUUUGCGCGCCUUUAAAAGUUAUUUUUUCCUCAUAAGGAAAGAAAUUCGGCUUGCAUUUAUAGUGAUAUAAAGAACGACUGAAAUUUCAUCAAUGUUUUGAAAACGACGAUAUUCAUACCGAGCAAAACAUGUGGGGAGUACCCAGGACUCGGUCCGGGGACUGCAAUGGAUCGCAAGCCAGUGAGGACACCGAGAUCGUCGUGAACAUCGGCGGAGUGAGGCAGAUACUUUACGGGGACGUGUUAAACCGCUAUCCCGAGACACGGCUGGCAGAGCUGGUCAACUGUUCCUCUGGGAAUGUCGAUGCUAUAUCGUCUCUGUGCGAUGACUACGACCCGGGUAAAGGGGAGUUUUACUUUGACAGAGAUCCGGACGCUUUUAAAUGCAUCGUCGAGGUGUAUUACUUCGGUGAAAUCCAUAUGAAACGGGGUUUCUGCCCCAUUUGCUUCACCAAGGAGAUGGAAUUCUGGAAAGUCGACCCCAGCUUCCUAGACGAAUGCUGUAAGAGUAACCUCAACGAGAAAGAGGAAGAGUUGGCGGAAAUAGCCGAUAAAGUAAAACUUAUCCUGGAUGACCUGGAAGGGGACCCAGCCGCUGGUCGCUGGGAGCGCUGCCAGAAGUUCCUAUGGAAGCUAAUGGAGAAGCCGGAGUCCUCGCUGCCUGCGCGGAUCAUCGCCAUAGUGUCCUUCCUCUUCAUCCUCAUCUCCUCCGUGGUAAUGUGCGUGUCCACCAUCCCAGACGUGCAGGUGGUGGACGCCGAGGGGAAUCACGUGGAGCACCCUACCCUGGAUGCCAUCGAGACGGCGUGCAUCGGCUGGUUCACCGUAGAGUACAUACUGCGCCUCAUCUCUUCCCCUAACAAAGUGCACUUCGCCUUUUCCUUCAUGAACAUCGUGGACUUCAUGGCUAUCAUGCCGUUCUACGUGGUGCUGACCCUCACCUACCUGGGCGCGGCGAUGAUGGAGCUCGCCAACGUGCAGCAGGCGGUACAGGCGCUGCGUAUUAUGCGCAUCGCCCGCGUGUUCAAGCUGGCGCGCCACUCGUCUGGGCUGCAAACCCUAACCUACGCGUUGAAGAGAAGUUUCAAGGAGCUGGGUUUGCUGCUUAUGUACAUGGGUGUCGGUAUCUUUGUUUUUUCGGCCUUAGGUUAUACUAUGGAACAGAGCCACCCAGAAACCCUGUUCAAGAGCAUCCCACAGUCUUUUUGGUGGGCCAUAAUCACCAUGACGACCGUAGGCUACGGAGACAUCUACCCCAAGACCACUCUGGGCCGAUGUAACGCCGCCAUCAGUUUCCUUUGCGGGGUGAUAGCUAUCGCGUUGCCUAUCCACCCCAUCAUCAACAACUUUGUCAUUUACUACAACAAGCAGAAGGUGCUGGAGACCGCGGCCAAGCAUGAGCUGGAGUUGAUGGAGCUGCAGUCCGACGAGAGGACCGACAAAGUGCCCCGCAGGUGCCGAAGAUCAACUGAGGCGGAGGGCAUGUGGGAGAGCCCGGUGCCCGCCGCGCUCAGCGACACCUCGGUCCCGCUCCUGACGGACUGCAGCAGGACGCGGCUCCAGAGCUGUAAAUGAACGCAAACCCAUCGCCGCUGCCUGAACUGCUGUGCGAUCAAAGGCGUUAAAGCCCAUGCAUCUUUCUGUCCAUGUCACGCCUUGAACUUGAAGACACUAUUUAAUGUAUUUUGUAAUAAGCCCAGUAGCGGGGAAGGAAGUCGGUUGAGGAAGUUCUUUCCUUUGUUUUUAAAAAUCAUUUAAAACAUCGCUCUUCUCUAACAUGUAUCAACUGUUGGAUGUUCAUUAAAUGAUUGUUUAAUAAACAACUUGCAUGAAA